AUGGAUAUGGAAAUAAAGGAUUUUGAUAAAUUAUCAGGAUUUCGAAUCCAAUUUACAAAAGACUUGAUUUUUAAAGGAAGUAUAAGUGCAAUAGUUGGAAUGAUACUUGGUAUUAUGUGCUCUUUGAUAGUUAAUUGCACAUUAGUUGAAGUAUCCUUAUCAAGAUUUUUCUCUAUGUAUUUUGGAAUACUAUUUAUAGUUGUUGGAAUUAUAAUUUUUUGGAGAUUGAAUGCAAAUGCAAUAGACGAAGCUGAAAACAGAAAAAACCAACUAAUGAUUCUAGCGGGAUUGAUAAUAUUUUCUGGAGUAUUAUGUUUAUUCUUCGAUCGCUCGUGGCUGUUUUCUCUUUCCCCGAUAUCCAAAGUUCCUAUUUAUUGCAUCCUGGGAAUUAGUAUUUCCUUUGCCUUAACCUUUAGCUUAAUAGAUUUGAUAAAUUAUCUAAUAGGAUUUAUACAAGGAUCAAUAACUAGACCACUUAUAGAAUCUGCUGCACAGGUAUACAUGAUAUUAUUAUUUACAAUUACCAUGGGAGGAAUAUUUGGAUUUAUAUUUGGGUUAUUGGAUGUAGAAGACGAAUCAUCUCAUCAUAUUCGUUUGGCUUUAAUGAAGGCUGAAAAUUGUUGUUUCCCUCUAGGCGCGGUUUUGGGAGGACUAGCUGGUUUUGGAAAUGAAGUUUUUAGGCAACAAACCGAAGCUUAUAAAUUAGAAAAUAUCACUGAGUUUGAUGAUGAAGUAUAA